AAAACUACAGAAACGACCCUGAUCGCCCAGAACAUGACGGACAAAUUGGCGAGUGUGUCAAUUGAGAAUUCCAACGAUCGGACGCUUAUAGAGUUGCCAACCGAAAUGCUCACUGAGAUUAUCAAGAGAGUCAAUCCAAUCAAUCGACUUGCUCUUCGUAAAGUCUGUCGGAUUUUGCGAAAGAUUGUUGAUGAAAAUCCAGGAGUCGAGUCUGUCACCUCGGCAGUCGACGAUUUAUCUCUCACUACGCGGAAUUUAACCGGAAACUUUUGCGUUACGUACGGAAUUCAAGGUUCCGGUUGUUUGAUUUCUAGUGAUUACUGCUGCACGAAAUAUAUCGAAAAGCCCCGCUUGAUGAUGAAGCUUGACGAUUUAACCGUAAUUUUGAAGAAUCCACGGCAACGAUUGGAUGAUCUCAACAUUUUUGGUGGUUCAGAUUCGGUCGCAGUUGCAACGUGGUUCAGAGAUACUUUCAAUCCAGAAAAUAUGCUUCAUACCAAAAAGGUUUUUUUGGGAAACUUGGAAUUCAAUGAUGUUAUCACUAUCAUUUCAACUUUGAAACCCGGAUUCCUUCAAAAAAUUGACUAUGCCAGUUUGUUGCAACAUGAACGUUCGCAUGAAGUUUUCGAGCUUGAACAAUGGAAACAGGCGAAAGAGGUUAUCAGUCCAAUGUCAUCAUUUCGUAGCUUCCCCAUUGAGAACAUGUUCCAUCUGUCUCGUUUUUGGCUUGGCUUUCCAGGAUUAUCAAUUUCUGAUGCAAUUAAAAUCAGAGAUAUUCUCUUGAAAUCCGCUCACUUCAAAAAUGGAAUAAUUGAUUUGAAAGAUGAGAUGACACCAGAAGUUGCGCGAGUUUUUAAUCCAAACUUCUCUGCUCACAAUAUCAAUGGAAUUAAGAACAAAAUCGAUCGCUUUCUUGUCAUAAUUUAUGAAAGACGUUUGGCAAUCAAUUAAUUGUUGUCCCCCCAGAAAUUCGAGGAAAUGAUAUUUUCACCAUGACUCUUUUCAUCUUCAAUGCGUCCUGUUGUUUUCUUCUGUUCUUUACCGGUUUCUUGUUACGUUUACUCUUGUUUUCUUUUUUUUUGUUCUAAUGUCUUCUGAAAUGCAAACUUAUUUGCUUUGAUUCUCAAUAAAUGAAUGAGAUAAAACGUAUCCAAUACA